UUUGCAAUCGAUGUCUUUCGAGGAGCGUAAGAUGUAUUCCAACAGUAUUUCACCGGUCGUUCACUAGUGUGGACAUGUUAGUCUUUCGUGAUAUAAAUUGAACCAUUAAAAAUUACUGAUUAGCAUGGCUGAUAAAUUAGUUGAUAUACCAAUCCAAGACUUGACAAGUUUGCGAGAUCUUUAUCGUGAAGAUUGGCCUAAGUAUAAUAUUGGAUAUGGCACUGUAGAUACAUACGUAAGGUGGCUCAAUAAAGAUCCUAACAUUCCUCAUAUUCGAAUUUUAUCACUGAAUGGUGACUGGAGCGAUGGCACUUUUAUUAUUACGGACUGGAUUUCGCUCUACGCCAACACUCGAAGCACCGAUUUCACUCGUCUAGUAAAAGCCCUGUCUCUUGUGGAUUGGAGCAAAGGGUACACCAUUGCUUCCAUUGGAUCAAGACUGCUCGAUCUGAUAUAUAAGUUCGUUAAGGAAAACAACGUUGAUGUUAAUUAUAUAAAGGGUACAAAAUGGUUUCGGAUGCCCCAAGAUGAAGCUGCGAAACUUAUCGUAAAUCCUCCUGACGGUAUUACGCUUAGACCCCUAACUGCGGAAGAUGUAGUAACUGCGAAUGCAUUGUGGCCCUUCAGACGUCCUGGCUCUUUAAUAUACUUACAACGUUUGGCAAAGUAUAAUGUUAGUGUUGGAGCUUUUACAUCUGAUGGAGAGUUAGUUGCAUGGUGUUUCAGAAUUCCAGUAGGCAGUCUUGGAACUCUUCAAGUUGCAGAAUCACAUAAACGAAAAGGAUUUGGAAGUUUGAUAGUUCGUGCUAUGGCGAAAGCUAUUGGCGAAACUGGAUAUGAUGUUUUUGCUCCCGUAGUGUUUGACAACUACCCGUCACUGAACAUGUUCGAGAAAUUGGGAUUUAAAGUGGUUGACACCAUGAACUGGCUACCACCAGCUAAACCUGGAAACUGGCAUGACAACGUGCCACAUUACUAGAGAAAUUAUAAUUUCAAUCUAGAAUUUUUGUACUCUUGUUCAGAAACAUAUAUCUGUAAAACAAUAGACUGAGACAACCGAAUUGUCGUGUUUACUGACUUCUUGUCCCAUGUGGAGUAUUCUGCGAGUUAAAUACUCCGUAACGACCUUGCUUUAAUUAACUGUAACUUCAUCGGGGCCUC